AUGGCUACCAGAUCAAUUUCACUCUCAAACUUCAACAAAUCAACCCUUCUCAUACAAAAUUCUUUUGAAAAGAUUCUCAAAUCUGUACAAGAGCUUGAAACACUUUCCCCCUCAAUCUUGUCAGUGAUACAAAUCAGAACUUUAAACAACUUCUCGAACCAGUUAGAAAAGAAACAUGAAGCCUAUGAAAAUUACCUGGAAAGAGCCUUGGAACAUAUAUCAGAAGAAUUAGAUUUGGAUGCAGUAAGUGACACUGAAGACAAACUGCGACUGCUAUUCGUCGAAGCCAAGUCUCGGAUUGAAGCCCUUCUCCAACAGCAGCCGCAAGAUGUUCCAGAAGAAAGUAAAGAUUCAACAAGAAUUAGUGACAUCUCAGCUUCAUCAUCUGCUCACGUAAGACUCCCAAAACUAGACCUCAUCACGUUUGAUGGUUCUCCUCUACAGUGGGUAAGUUUCAUCAACUUAUUUGACACUAGCAUCCAUCUGAAUGAAAGCAUUUCAAACGUCACUAAAUUUCAAUAUCUUCUCAGCGUGCUCAAAAAUGAACCACUAAAUCUCGUAAAAGCUUUCAGUAUCACUUCAGCCAAUUACUCAAUUGCCUAUCAGCUCCUCAGAGACAGAUACCACAACACCCGAAGGUUAACUACACUUCACCUAAACAAACUGAUCGACCUACCGGACAUUUCCUCUACCUCAAACAAAUGUCUCAGAACGUUCCUCAACUUGUUUUAUGAACACACAGAAGCACUUAAAGCUCUUGACUGUGACAUUACUUCUAACUCUAACCCUCUGUUGUCCACCAUACUCUUACGAAAACUAGACAAUGACCUUCUAAAACAACUAGAGGCUUUUAGAAUUAAUAUAAAAUGCGAAACACAUUCUCUACCAGAAGUAGUCGAAAUAGUCAAGUUUCUUAAUCAAGAGUGUAACCAAAUGGAAGACGCUGUGUUACAUACCAAGUUUGCUCAAAGUACGAACAACCACAAUUCAAAUUUUAAACCCAAAUCUUUCACAUCCAAGCCCUCUUUCAUUCAAGCUCAGAAAGUUACAAUGGUCUCUACUCCAACUCCAUCAAAUCAAGACAACUCAAAAAAUCCUUUCUCAUUUCCCUGCUUUGUCUGCUCAUCAACCGGCCACAAGGUUUAUGCUUGUCCUAGCUUUCUCUCUCUUUCUUCAAAUGAACGUUUUAAAACCGUAAAGGACAACAACAGAUGUGUCUCUUGCCUCGGAAAACAUGAUGUUAAGGCAUGUAAGUCUAAAGCAUCUUGCUUCAAAUGCCACAAACGUCAUCACACCUUACUUCAUUUUGAACAUGACAAGACAUCUCAAGGUUCUACAUCAUCACAACCAUCAACCACUCAUGUUUCGAAUGAAAAACCUACCGUAUCUCUUUGCUCACAGGAAGCCAGUCCUGCUAAUCAAAUCCCUAAAACUGUAAUUUUAGGCACAACACUGGUUAAAGUUACUGCUCAAAAUAACGUUUCUCAUGUGUUCAGAGCAUUGAUUGAUAGUGGCAGCAUGUGUGAUUUUAUUAGUGAAAAAGCUGCUCAACUACUGAAUGCACCUCGUUUCAAAUCCAACUUACAAGUAGUUGGUCUUUCUCAAUCUCCAACUCUCACAAAGGGUAUUGUGAACCUCACUGUUAACACACUGGCAGGAAAAUUAGUUGCAUCCAACCAUGAAGUGCACAUACUUGAUAAAAUAUCUGUCAAUCUCCCUAGAUCUCAAAUAUCACAAAGAGUUCUAUUGAAAGUAAAACCUUACCCCCUUGCUGAUCCCAGCUUCCACUUAUCAGGGCCCAUUGACAUGCUGAUCGGAGCUUCUCUCUUCCCUCUUCUUUUAACGAAUGAAAACUAUUCUCUCGGCCCUAACAUGCCUAACAUGAUGGGAACUCACUUUGGCUUUGUUGUUAUGGGGAAUGCACCUUGUUCAACCGAUUCCCAGCCUGCCAACACUCCAUCCAUCUCUCUGCUCUCAACGGUUGACAACGAAUUGCAUAACUCUCUACAGAAAUUUUGGAAAUUAGAGGAAUUAUCUGUACCCUCAAAGAUAUCGGUUGAAGAGCAACAGUGUGAAGAUCUGUUUAAAGCUACCCACUCUAGGGACGAAAAUGGCCGUUACUUAGUUCAGCUACCAUUUAAAGAAAAUCAUCCACCUUUAGGAUCUUCCAAACUCAUCGCAGAACGACGUUUUCACUCACUUGAACGACGUUUUACACUCUCUCCUGAUUUGUAUAAAGCUUACUCUGACAAUAUAAAUGAACACAUCUCUCAAGGUCAUAUGGUAAAACUACCUCAUCUAGAUAUCAACUCUCCUCACUAUUUCUUGCCACACCAUGCAGUUGUGAAACCAUCCAGUACCUCAACUAAACUCCGAAUCGUUUAUGAUGCAAGCUGCAAAACCAGCUCUGGAAUUUCCCUCAAUGAUUCUCUCAUGACCGGCCCUAAAUUACAGACCAACAUUUGUGAUAUAUUGCUACAUUUCAGAAUACACAAUAUCGUUUUCACUUGCGAUAUUCGCCAAAUGUAUCUUCAAAUCUUAAUCAAACCUUCCGAUCAACUGUUCCAACUCGUCUUGUGGCGUGACAAUCCCUCUGAAGAUAUAUCCACAUACAAACUCACUCGAGUGACUUUUGGAGUAAAUAGCUCACCCUACUUAGCGAUUCGUACCCUCCACCAGUUAGCUGAAGACGAAGGUAAAGACUUCCCUGAAGCAGCAAAUGUCUUGCGCACUCAGACUUACGUAGACGACAUUGUAACUGGAGCAGACACGGUAGAUGAAGCAAAGAACCUUCAAAAUCAACUCAUUCAACUACUCAACCGUGGACACUUUGAACUUCGAAAAUGGACUUCAAAUUCUCCCGAGCUUCUUCAGUCUCUUCCAGACACUCAUAAAGACUCUCCAGUCUUUCUUGAAAAUACACCUGAUCCCCAUUUCUCAAUUCUUGGCCUACACUGGUCUCCAGACUCGGACAAUUUUUCAUUUCAUCUCAACCUACCGCCAAAAACACUAACUAAACGUCACGUUCUCAGUCUAGUCGCUAAAAUAUACGAUCCUUGUGGAUUUCUUAGCCCAUGUACUAUGACAGCGAAAUGUUUUAUUCAACUUCUCUGGACGACCGGUCUACAAUGGGAUGAACCUCUCACUCCAGAACUUAGUGCAAUUUGGAGUAACUUUAUCUCAGCGAUACCAGCACUUGCAGACAUUCAGAUCCCUAGAGCAUUGAAAAUCUCUCCAAAUUCUAGUGUUGAACUUCACGGCUUCUCAGACGCCUCUGAACGUGGGUUUUCAGCUGUUGUCUAUGUACGAUGUUCCCAACCCAACGGAGAAGUGACUACACUAACCUUGACAUGGCUUCAAACUCCAUCUUACAGGCUGAAAACAUUCGUGGCUAACAGAGUCGCCCAAACACAAGAACUUGUCCCCUAUCACUGUUGGCGUUACAUCCCUAGCAAGGAAAACCCUGCUGAUUGUGCUUCAAGAGGUAUUCUAGCCACUGAGCUUGUGUCUCACCCCCUUUGGUGGUCAGGGCCUUCUUGGCUUUCUCUUCCCCCUUCAAACUGGCCUGAUGUAACUUUUUCACCUACAGAUAUCUCAACAUUAGAUGAAGUAAAACACACUCCUCUAACUGUACUUGUGUCAACUACCACUGAAUCUACGCUGACCAAUCUUCUCAUUAAAUAUUCUUCAUGGGAACGACUUCUUAGGAUUUUUGCUUACGUCCUUCGUUUCAUACACAACUGUAAAGAUUCUGAAAAACGCCAAGGUUUCAUCUCAACACAGGAACUGAAAGACACAAAAUAUCACAUUUUUAAACUUGUACAAAAAGAAGUAUUCACAGAAGAAAUCAACUGCCUCAAACGGAAAUCAUUUUGCUCCACUCGUUUACAACGUCUUUCACCUUUCAUUGACUCAUUUGGAUUAUUGCGUGUUGGAGGACGUCUUUCUCAGACAUCACUUCCUGAAGAUGCUCGACAUCCCAUUAUUCUGCCAAAAAAGCAUCAUGUGGUAAAUCUUCUCAUUGACCACUACCAUAUCUACAAUCUUCAUUCAGGCCCUCAGCUUACUCAAGCAUUACUUUACAAACAUGUUUGGAUACUGUCUGCCCGUUGUGCCAUACGCUCUCGUAUCCAUAAAUGUGUCAGAUGUUUCAAAGUCAAACCUAGAAAUGUGUGUCCUCUCAUGGCUGAUCUCCCUCAGUCUCGUGUAACUCCUGCUCGACCUUUCCUCCACACCGGCAUAGAUUAUGCAGGACCUUUUACUGUAAAAAUCUUCAACCUCAAGGCAGUGAGACACAUAAAGUCAUACUUUUGUACUUUCAUCUGCCUCGUCACGAAAGCUGUACAUUUGGAAGUAGUAACAGACCUAACGACUGAAUCUUUCAUUGCUGCAAUGACUCGAUUUGUAUCUCGCAGAGGACAUUCUUCCGACAUUUACUCGGAUUGUGGGUCCAACUUCAUUGGUGCUGACUCUACCCUAAGCAAGAUUGUUGAAAAAUCUCUUUAUUGUCAAGACUCCAAACGGAAGAUUCAACGAUUCUCUUCACUUAAAGGCAUCAAUUUUCAUUUUAAUCCACCAGCCGCUCCGCAUCAAGGAGGAUUGUGGGAAUCGUCUGUAAAGAAUGUGAAACAUUAUCUCCGUCGAGUAAUGGGAAACUCAGUCUUAACACUCAUUGAAUUCAUCACAUUGUUGACCCAAAUCGAAGCAAUGCUCAAUUCCCGACCACUGACACCUCUUUCAAAUGAUCCUUCGGAUCUCGCAGCACUGACUCCCGGACACUUCCUGAUUGGUGCACCCCUCACAGCAGUACCUGAACCUAAUCUCCUGACAGUUCCUGAAAACCGUCUCAAGCAAUGGCAGCUAGUUCAAGCAUUUCAUCAACGCAUAUGGCAUAGAUGGCACCUAGAAUACUUAAACAACUUGCAACAACGUACCAAGUGGACUCGGAAAUCAAAAAAUCUUGAAGUGGGUGACCUUGUUUUGGUACAUAUGGACUCACCACCUCUCUCGUGGCCUCUCGCUCGAAUUACAGCAGUUCAUCCAGGGGCUGAUGGGGUUGUGCGAGUGAUAGACUUAAAAACAUCAAGUGGCAACCUCAGAAGAUCUGCCCACAAAGUGUUUCCCCUGCCAACUGUGGAUUCGUGA